UUGCAUAAUUGUUAUAUAGAAAGAAAGAAAGAAAGAAAGGAAAGAGAGUCGGUCAAGAGAAGAGGAGAAGCAAAAACAAAGCAAACAAACAACAAUGGCUAAACAUUCCUCCAUAUUUCUCUUCACCUUCUAUUUGCUGCUGUCAUCUCUUAUCAUCUCCACAUCCACCGUGGAAGCAACCAUAGAUCACAAACUCAACUGGGUCCCCAAGACAUCUCGUUGCCAAGGCACACUGGCAGACUGCAUGCAGGAAGAUGAGUUUGACAUGGACUCUGAGAUCAACCGCCGGAUACUGGCCACUACGAACUACAUAAGCUACGGAGCGCUGCAGAGGAACACCAUUCCAUGUUCGCAAAGAGGUGCCUCCUACUAUAACUGCCAACCUGGUGCUGAGGCUAACCCCUAUUCUCGCGGUUGCAGUGCCAUUACUCGCUGCCGGAGCUGAUCAGAGAGGUUCUUCUUUAAAGCCUCUUGUUUGUAAGGAUUGGGUCUUUUGUAAGAUAUGUAUGUCGAUGCAAUAAUCAUUUAAUAACUAUUCUUAUUUGUAAUACAAGGAUUCAGGAAUUUGCUCCUCUUGCUUUAUUGUAUAAUCAUUUUCCUUUUUUUUUUU